AUGUCAAGCAGUAGCUUUAAUGCAGUGUUGACUCUCAGCCCAGCUCUGGUUGGGACAACACUAGCAUCAUGUCUCUUCAGUUGCUCCAUCAUACAGACAUUUGGAUACUAUAGGCAAUUCCCAUCAGACUCAACGAUCAUUAAGCCUUUACAGGUAGCUACCAUCAUGUUACUGACUCUUGUGCACAUUGUUUGUGUCAUCUACUGGACAUGGAUGGUGACUGUUGCUGCAUUUGGAAAACCCAACAAAGUCAUGAUAUUCACCUCUUCAAGGGGAGCCAAUCUGGUUAUCACAACUUUCAUAUGCUAUCUUGUGCAGCUCUUCUUUGCAUUCCAUCUUUACAGAUUCUCUGAGAGUUGGCUGCUGCCCACUAUAUGUUCCAUCCUAGGUGGGAUAAGUUUUGUUGGCACACUCAUCAACACAGCAAGAGCCCUCAGUAGACAAUCAUUGGGAGGGAACAUGAAUGCCCAGUACUGGCUAACAAUUUUGACCUUGUGUGCCAAGACAAAGAUAUCAAGGACUAUCAAUUUACUGGAUAGGUUGACAGUAUGGUCAAUAGCUAGAAACUGGGCUUGUGACAAGUUUUCUUUGCAACAGACCACCUAUGGUAGGGUGUCGACUUCAGCUGCAUUGAGUAUUCCUUUCAUGCCAUCCCUGAUUCAACACAAACUCUGUGACCUCUCACCCACCUACAGAGUGUAA